AUGAAUUUGAUGUUUGUGCUUCCUUCUUGCUGUAGGAUUAAGACUUGGUCAUGUGACAAGGGCUCAAACGGGAAACCAAAAAAAAGCAUGAAAAAGGGAAGAAACUUGUUUUCAUUCAGUUGAUUUUCCAGACUUCCCUCUGAGUGUGUUAGCCAAGGGGUUCUUGUCUAGUCUGUGCCUUAUUUACUCAAUACAAGCCUUUUUACAUUGUUUUUCUCUCAGCUUUAUACCCACUGCAGUCUGAAGUUGAACUAAAACUAAUGACACUUACAACAAUGAUGGCACAUGGUCUGCAUUUCUACUGCUGUUUACUGAAGCUGUAGGUAAAAACACAAAACAGAACAAUAUUUUUCAGAACCUCUGAUUAGUCCAUUUGGUACCAGCUCAUAGAGCUCGGUGGGUUUUGGAUGUUAUAGCUUUAGUGAUGAAUGUGUAGAGGUGGUGUAAGGUAACCUUCUUGACUGAAUAUAUUUUGUUUAAAAACAGGGUCAUUUGUGUCUGCUCACAUUGUUUUGGAAAAAAGUGUGAAACACAGGCAGAGGAGGUUUCUGUUUCUGUUCUUCUUCACGUGCUUUUGUGGUGUGCGGUUUAAUGUUGAUGAUGAUGAUGGUGCAUUCUGCAUUCAAUUCUCAGGAAGCCAAAACAGUUCUGGCCAUUCUUUGAACCAAGAAGUCCUUAAAUGGGCAACGAAAGUUACAGAACUGACAUUUUGCAUAGUGUAUAUAAUUAGAAAACGGAUGUUAUUAACAUUACAGCAUGGCGGACAGCACGCUUAUACUUUUGUUCUCUUUUAAUGGUCUUUUCUAAAGCUCUAGCAGCAGUGAUCCAAACACAGCAGACUGUGCUGGCAGCAGUGGGAGAAGAUGCUGAAUUCAGCUGUCAGCUCUUGGAGACUAAAGACGUCCUUCAGGUCACAUGGCAGAAAAUCUCAAAUGAUGUGGAGACAAAUGUUGCCACCUAAAACAAGUACUUUGGUCAGAGAGUGAAUGACGGCUUCAAAGAUAAAGUUGAGUUUGUAUAUACUGGACUACAGGACUGCUCCAUAGUCAUCAGGAAUGUGACGGAGCAGGAUGAAAGAUGCUAUCGCUGUUUGUUUAACACUUAUCCUGAAGGAGCCUUCAUUGGUAGAACCUGCCUCCAAGUCUAUGAGCUGCCUCCAAGUCUAUGAGCUGCAUGAACCUGUUGUUGAUGUCAGAGAGUCAAACUCUACUGAAGAGUGGGUUGUUUCCUGUUCAGCCACUGGUCGACCUGCUCCCACUGUAACACUCAGUGUCUCACAACAAGACCUCAACUUCUCACAGUACAACACUGUCAGUGUGUCCAACACCAACGCUACAUUCACUGUCACCACUACAGCUGUGCUCUCAGGUUCAUGUAAACACAGCACACAGGUGGGAUGUGCAGCACGAGUGCUCUCUGCUCCUCACAGAGAGGUGAUGGUGAUGAUUCCUGAGGUCCAGCAGGUGUAUGCUGCUGCUACUGCUGAUUAUAAUGUUUCCUUCUGGAUCAUUGCAUCAGGUGUAGCAGUGGGACUGAUAGUCUUUGCCUGUGUAGCCACUUUCAUAGCUGUCCUGCUUAAAAAAAACCCAAAAAACAACAAGAGGGACCCUGAGAACAACAAAUAAAAUACCACAAAAAUCAGCCAAUGACAUUAACGACUGAUGACCCCUCCACAUCUUUACUUCUCUAAAACUCAGCUUCCAUCUAAGGGUCUUUAUAUACGUUUUAUACAGCUCAAUGUAAAAUGUUUAUCUUGUUUUAAGCACUUUAAGAAACAAUACAAAUCGUUUGUUGCCGCUGUCCAAAAUGUUCUGCAAUGUGUUGCUGAAAUGAAAUGCAUUUUUUAUAGCAAUAAAAUAUCUAAAAUUUAAUAUUUUAUAUCUUGCCGUUAUACCAUGUGAGUUACAUGCACACUUUAAAUGCAUGGCAUUUUUUACUGUUAAACUGAAUACAGUUGAACAGCAGUUAAAUACAGUGUAACAAGGAUCACCUAAAACCAUCAGCUGUAACUCAGACGUAGACAUAAAUACAUGCCUCAGAGUAACACAAAGUUGCUAUGUAUACACUUCUGUAACUUCUGGUAAACUUAUUUUAAAAAAUGUACCUGACAUAUAUCCUAUAUCCCAUCCUCUGCUCUGUCUAAAGCUGUAGAAACAUUAAAAUAAUUUGGCAGAAGACUGAUGAUGGUGAAAAUUAUGGUAAAAUGAUUUUUACUUCACUAAUAUUCUACUUUGUAUUCAUGGUGCUUAAAUAAUUCAGUAAAAAAAAGGAGUUUGUGGUUGACUCAGUGACUAUGAGCUGCCAAGGGCCCUGUACUGUGAAGCUAGUUAAGAAGAGAAGUGAUCAUCAGUAAGGAAUAUGACUUUAUUCUGAGAAAGAGGAAUACAGAUGUGACGUUUGCUUUGAGAGUGUUGAUAGAGAAGAAUAUAGAAGGUCAGAAUGAGUUUCACUGAGUAUUUUUGGAUCUAGAGGAUCUAGAGAAGUAUGUGAGGAUGGGCCAGGUCAUGAGACAUAAGGAUGUGAGACAGUGCUGAGGCGUAGGUUUUACUGACAGGUAGGUUCAGGAGAUGAGAUUACAUCAGUGAUCAGCUCUGAGCCCCUUCUUGUUUCCAAUGGUGAUGUGGGUGACUGAUGAGAUGAGGCAGGAGUCUAUGUGAACUAUGAUGUUUGCAGAUGACACUGUGAUCUGUGGUGACAGUAGGGAGCAGAUGCAGAGCCUGGAGCGGUGGAGGCAUGCAUUGUAGAGAAGAGGAAUAAAAGACAGUAGAAGCAAGAUAAAUACAUGUGUGUGAAUGAGAGAGAGAGACAGGUGGAAAGGUGAACAUGCGAGGAGUACAGACCUGGGGUCAGCCAUCAGGAGGACUUGCAGUGUUGGUGUGACAGAGGAGCAUGCUGGGAAUAGACGGAGCUGGAGGGAGAUGAUCUGCUAUGUUGACCUUGAACAGGAGGAACUGUUUUAUGCAUGACUGUAAUGAAAAUAUUUUUCAUGUUGUUAUCUUUUAUAUUUUAAAUAAAGGAUUUGUACUUA